AUGAGGGGUGUCGUGCUCCUGCUCAUCGCGUCCAUCUCAUGCGCAACAGCGCCAGUCUCCGCCCUGGCUGCCUGGUACCAGCCGGGGGCCCUCAACCUCCUGGUCGGCCUUGAGGAUGGCACCCUCCAGGCGCUGCUGGUCCCGCGGGAUGGCCUGACCGAGGCUGCCGAGACCGGCAUCCCCGCCGGCGUUGCACCGGGAGCCGCAGCCGCACCCCUGGACUGCAGGUCGCCCUGCAGUAUCCGAGCCCUGAGGCUGAUCGGCAACGCCAAGAGACGGAGGGGCCGCGAUGGGGUCCUGCCAGGGGGCCCCGUCCUCGUCAGCGUCCUCGCCCGAGGCGGUUUGGACGCUUCAGAGCCCAGCACGGCCUUUGUUGUCCGGGUGCCCGGCGCCAGCGAGGCCCUCUUUGACCGACUGGGGCCCGCGCUGGCGUCCUCCCAGCCCCUGGAGUCGCCCGGCAUCGCUCUGCUGGCGCGUGGCGUGCUGACGGGGCGGGCUUUUGCCGCGGCUGGGGCAGAGGGACUGUCGCCCCCGGAGCCAUGCCUGGGCCUCGCCGGGGACGAACUGAUGGCGGCGGCGCAGGGCCCCCACGCCGUGCACGCGCUGACCCGCGCCGGCCGGCUGGCGAGCCUGAGGCUGGGCCGGGGCGGCCGGCCGGGGUGCACGCUUGCCGCGCAGCGCGCCCUCCCGCCCGCCCUGACCGAGCGGGACGUGGCGCUCACGGCGGCGGGCGGACACACGGUGAUCGUGGCGGGGGGCGGCACGCUGGCCGCCUACGAGGCCGGCGGGCGGGGAUCGCCCCGCGGCCCGGCGCUGGCGGCGCGGCAGCCGCUGGCCGCAGUGCUGGCCGCGGUCCUGUCCCGUGGUGGCCGGCUGCCGGACAGCGAGGGCGGCAUGGGAGUGCUGCUGGAGGGCAGCGCCUCGGGGCACGUGGCCGUGGCCCUGGCGGGGCAAACCCUGGCGAUCUUCUGCCUGGCGCAGCCCCAGGGUCCCGCUCUCCCCCGCGGCCAGGGCCUGGCCGCGGGGGCGGUGCAGAUCCUCCAGGGGCUGACUUCAAGAACGGGGCUGAAGUCCCACGCGCCGAGCGGCGCAAGGGGCGGGGCAGGCGGGAAGUCAAAGCGGGCACAUCGGAGAGCGCACAGCCCCCCCUUGAGGGGACGGGCCGACACUGCCAGCUUUGAGAACCUGGGUGGCAGCGAGGACGACAAUGAUGCCUCCGUUCACAUGCUCCUCAGCGAGCUCGAUGUGGAGGUGCUGGAGGAGGGGUGA